AUUAUUUGGUGGCACCCGCGAAAUGACAACGCUGUUGAGGCGAGGCUUCAUCGGUGGAUAUUUGAUACCUAUGUGGAAAUUACGAAGUUCUGAUAAGAAAUUAGUUGCUUAGUAUUUAUUUUUCAUUUCUGGGUUUUAAAUAUUUAAAUCGUGCGAUAUUAUUAUGUUAGUGGCAUCCAAAGUGUAAGCUGUUUGUAUUUUUAUUUACAAUGUCUGGAAGAACGAGAAAAAUAGUAAAACUUGCAUUGAUAGAAAAAGAAAAUUACCUCAAGAUGUCUAUCAGAUUGCCAAGGUAUCUAAAAUCCUGCAUAUAAUGGAAAAGGGGAAUGCGGCACGAUUUAAAAAUAAAUCUUUAGAAGACAUCGAAAUUGAUAUGGAGGAAAUUGAUGAACUAGAUGAAGUUAAUGUUAAUAACAUUCAGCAGGAUGAAUUAUCCAAUAAUACAUUUUUAGAUUCAAGGAUGCAGUGGACAUCCGUUCAAAAAAAUGCAUUGCGAACAUUUUUCAAUAAGCAAAUAAGCACUAAAAAAGACGCUAAAAAAGGAGAAUGUGAAGCAUUCAUAACUAAGCAUCCUAGUAUUGCCGGAAUUGGUUGGCUAAAAGUAAAAACAUUUGUAUUUAAUGAAUAUAGGUUAAAAUAAAAAU